CUGGCCUCUCUCCCCUGCCCAGAGAACGCGCCAUGGUCAAUGAGGCUCCCAGCAGUGGCAGCUCCGGCUCCCGGUCGGACGGCGGGAGCAGCAGCGGGGGCGAGAGCUCCAAGGACAGCUCGCGAUGCUCCACCCCCGUGCUGGAUGCCGAGCGCCACGAGCGCCUGCGGGAGAAGAUGCGCCGGCGGCAGGAGGCCGGGGACAGGUGGUUCUCGCUGGAGUUCUUCCCCCCGCGCACUGCCAAUGCCGCUGUCAACCUCAUCUCCAGGUUUGACCGCAUGGCAGUGGGGGGCCCCCUCUUCAUCGAUGUCACCUGGCAUCCAGCUGGGGACCCAGGCUCUGAUAAGGAGACAUCCUCUAUGGUCAUUGCCAGCACGGCUGUCAACUACUGUGGCCUUGAGACCAUCCUGCACAUGACAUGCUGCAACCAAACCAAAGAGGAGAUCACAGCGCACCUACACAAGGCCAAGCACUUGGGGCUGAAGAAUAUCAUGGCGCUGCGUGGAGACCCCAUUGGCGAGGAGUGGGAGGAGGAGAUGGAAGGAUUCAACUAUGCUGUCGACUUGGUGAAGCAUAUCCGUUGCGAGUUUGAUGACUACUUUGACAUCUGCGUGGCAGGCUAUCCCAAGGGCCACCCUGAUGCAGAGAGCUACGAAGCUGACCUGCGGUAUCUGAAGGAGAAAGUCUGUGCUGGAGCAGACUUCAUCAUCACUCAGCUCUUCUUCAGGUCUGAAACCUUCCUCCAGUUCCUAAAGGACUGUCAAGCCAUUGGUAUCACCUGCCCUGUUGUUCCUGGGAUCUUCCCAAUCCAGGGUUACCACUCCCUUCGCCAGCUGGUGAAGCUGUCCAAGCUGGAGGUGCCACAGGAGAUCAAGGAUGUGAUCGAGCCCAUCAAGGACAACGAUGCAGCUAUCCGGAACUAUGGGGUUGAGUUGGCCGUGUCCAUGUGCCGCGAGCUGCUGGAUAGUGGCCUGGUCCAUGGGCUCCACUUCUACACCCUCAACCGAGAGGUGGCCACCACUGAGGUUCUCAAGCGUUUGGGCCUGUGGAAGGAGGAUCCCAGGCGGCCUCUGCCUUGGGCAGUCAGUGCCCAUCCCAAGAGGAGAGUUGAAGACGUCCGGCCCAUCUUCUGGGCCUCCAGGCCAAAAAGCUACAUCUACCGGACUCAGGAGUGGGAUGAAUUUCCCAACGGCCGCUGGGGCAACUCUUCCUCCCCAGCCUUCGGGGAGCUAAAGGACUAUUACCUCUUCUACCUGAAGAGCAAAUCGCCCCGGGAGGAGCUCUUGAAGAUGUGGGGGGAAGAACUGACCAGCGAGGAGAGCGUCUUCGAGGUGUUCACCUGCUACAUCUCUGGAGAGCACAAUAAGAAUGGGCACAAGGUGACCUGCCUGCCAUGGAAUGAUGACCCACUGGCUACAGAGACCAACCUCCUGAAGAAGGAGCUGGAGAAAGUGAACAGGCGAGGUAUCCUGACCAUCAAUUCCCAGCCCAACAUCAAUGGGAAGCCAUCCACUGACCCCAUCGUGGGCUGGGGGCCCAGCGGUGGCUACGUCUUCCAGAAGGCCUACCUGGAAUUCUUCACUUCCAGCGAGAUUGUCACGGCCCUGCUCCGAGUGCUGAGGAAAUAUGAGCUCCGCGUCAAUUACCACAUCGUCAAUGCCCGGGACAAGAACAUCACCAAUGCACCCGACUUGCAGCCCAAUGCUGUCACCUGGGGUAUCUUCCCUGGCAGAGAGAUCAUCCAGCCAACCGUGGUGGACCCUGUGAGCUUCCUGUCCUGGAAGGGUGAGGCCUUUGCACUGUGGAUCGAGCAGUGGGCAAAGCUGUACGAAGAGGAGUCGCCAUCGCGCAUGAUCAUCCAGUACAUCCAUGACAACUACUACCUGGUCAACCUUGUGGACAAUGACUUCCCGCUGGACAGCUGCCUUUGGCAGGUCCUGGAUGACACCUUCGAGCUGCUCAGUGCCCCCACACAGUGCUGACCCCCUGCAGGCCAAAGCACAGCUGCAGCAAAGGAGAGUGGUCCCAUUUGGCACCCAGCCAUAUUCCCUCUUACACAUGCUCUUCCUGCACCAAAGGAAAAGGCUCUGCAGAGAACCCCAGCAGUCCCCGUCCCCACAGCAGUGGACUUGUCCCAGCCCUCUGCUGUCCUCUUAUGCACUUGUGGCAGCAAGGACCAACCCAACCUCUGCACCAAGGCCUGGGUUGCUCUCUCCACAGGUCACUUGAGCAGGGCCCGCCACCCACAAGGACCAUGCCCUGAGACUCAGCUCAACUCUCACCUACCCAGAGCCCCAGCCCCUGCCUCACCUUGUCAGGACUGGGACAAAGAAUUCUGCACAGCUGGCUCCCCUCUGGUGAGAGUGAGCAGGACUCUGGCCCUCCCUGUAAUAAAGGUUUGUCAUGUGAGCCA